AGCCCCUUAUUCCUAUAUCUAGGUUUGGAAAAGGCUCACACUAAUCGAAAUGUCAGACCAUUUUACUUGUUUGCAUUUAUAGCUCUCUUUUGGUUGGUAAAGCAGUUCUAUUUUCUAAAAAUAACUUAAAACGAGAGAAUUAAUUUUAUAAGACCAUUAUUGUUCUAUGGCGUCAUUUGGGUAGGGCGCCCUCAGCUAGAGGGCACAAGAAUGUUGCUCAUUGGCCCAUCACCCUUUCAGACAUCCGUUUAUAGCUGUGCGUUUUCCCCAGAGUUGCAUGAUCGUUUUGCUUCUAAGAUGGCGGCGAUAUGACGUCAUUGCAUAAAGACUAUAGUCUUAAAAACAAACUAUAGACUUUAGUUUCUUCGAAUUUUGUACAAUGUUUUUUGUGUGACUCUUUUGAUGUAACUAACUAAGUAUCAUGCACAAUAGGUUCAUUUUCUCUUGUUAAAAUGUUGUAAAUUAAUAAUUGGUAUAAAAAAAUAAUCAAGAAAUAAUUUUAAAUACUUAAUAUUAUACAGUUUGUUUGUGUAUUUGUAAUAUUAUUUGAAUCUUUUGUGAAAUAUACAAAGUAAAACCCAGAUGGGUUUUUUGUAUCGGUGUUUAUUGUGACGUCUAAUAGAGUUAUCAUCAAAAAGUACUGAUAAUUAUUAUGGGACUCCUCCAUUACAAACAAACAUACAUCUACCAUUCCACCCCCACCCCUUUCCCGGCACCCCACCCCAACAUACCUUUAAUUGGCACACCCAAAGGUAGUGACAUAAUCAUGCGCUUUAAGGGUGAUGCACUCGUACACAUAGAGAGCUAGAUGCACCCAAACCAAAGUAAAGGGAGAAAAAGGGUGGAGGCCUCAUUUAUAUUCUGUGGACACACAAAAUAUAUAGAUAGACCUGAGAGCCCACCAAUGGGGAAAAAGUGUAAACAAGUUUGCCUAAUUGUGACCUUGGAACUUGAUGUAUAUGGGAUAACUAUAGGCCCUGAAACAAAUGGUCCCAUUUGCAGAGAGAGGGACAUUUCUUUAAGGCUUGUGCUCGGACGUUUAGAAAAUUCCACCGGUGUAGGGUUUUAAUCUGAUAGAACAACGCGACGGGCACAGGGACUCCCAUAUCUAAUUGAGCAGAAGAUUAAAGUUCAAAUGUCGAUGAAUGAUAAUUAUCUGGGGACCAAAAUUGCUACCGAGUUAAUCAUAUAGCGCCCUCUUUAGGCACCUUUUGUUGCGGACUGAUACACCAGGAUAACUAAACUUGUGUAAGUCCUUUCCACGAAAAUAUAAUAUAAAUACAAAAUGAAAUAGUUCAAAAUGAACAGCUCUCGUCAACUAAGACUACACUCUCACCUUUUAUAGAUAACAAUAUAUUAUAAACAUAAUAUCAUAAAUUUGCUAUGUUAAAUCAAAUGUGUUGAUUGAGUAGUUUGAAUGUUUAGCGUUGGUUGCAUUCUGCAUCCGAACACCUCAAAACUUUCUGUUUUCUCCAAAAUAUAUCUAGGGUCAUUCAGUGAUUGUUACAUGGGGUCAGCUGUUACCAAGGCAACCGUUCAUGGAGGCAAAAUCAGUUUCAAGUGAAUACAACACAAAAAUACUAACGAUUAUGGCCCACCUACGGUCCCUUGAGCAAGACACUUGAUUCGUAACAAGUUGAGAAGGACAUGUGCAUUCUGCAAAACACGAGCGCAAACUACUUUGCCCCUAUUGGUCACGACCACAGAAAUACAUUUUUGCCACGUUUUCAAAUAAUGUCAAAAUAAGUGUAAAUUUAGGCAUUCGAAGAAGAACAAAACGUAAACUAUGGGGGAAAUACCAUAUUUCACACACAAAUAAUUUAAAAAUUACGUCAUCAUGUAGAACUUGGUGAAACAUAUUAUGUGUCAAGUUUCUUAAAAAAUGUGUUUAGAACUUUGGACGAAAUACUGAACCGCCGAUCUGUGGAUGUGCACCCCGCCCCGACCCAGGUUAUUCCAAAAACAAAUCCCCAGGCAUGUUCGUGAUAUUGCCCUGCACGCUUGAUUGCAAGCAACCUUGUUCGACAAUGCACACAGUUUGCAUUAUCAUAAAAUGAAUUUUUGUGAGGGUUUAUUUGUGUGCAGUUACGCUAGACAGUCCUGCCCUUUUCAUGUAGCAAUAAACUAUGAUGCCCUAAAUACCGUGGAGCUAUCUUUAGUAUGGCUCCAUACUAACUUUCAGUGUGUGUCUGAUGGUAUAAUGCGUGUCGCCACUACUUUACACUAAAAUCGAAACAAACAAUUUAAUAUGCCAAGGACAACAUGGUUUUCAAGCGUAUCCUUUCUAUUUAUUUGUCCUUUACUUAUUGUAUCGUAUGAUUCGGGGCCUUUCCUGGUAUUUGUUAUGGGGGGGGGGGCUGGUUCUGUUGUGCUUGUAGUAGUUCAACGUGACGGUAAUAAUGUGUGUAGUAGUUCAACGUGACGGUAAUAAUGUGUGUAGUAGUUCAACGUGACGGUAAUAAUUUGUUCUUACCAUGGGAGUAUUAGUGCACUAACGGGUUCCCAUAAACUAGAGAGUUUUACACGGUAUUUGGGGAUCAGGUUGACUUAGCAUGUUUCUUUGACUUAGCAUGUUUCUUUGACUUAGCAUGUUUCUUUGACUUAGCAUGUUUCUUUCCCUGCCUUUCUAAUCUGUAGACCCGGUUCGAAUCCCAUCUCAUUAAUUAAACAAAAUCACGACCGUUUUUAUUAUUCGUAUGAUGAAUCCGUAACAAGUUUGUCAUAGUGACAACUUUAUUGGCAGAAUAAGUAUGACUUAUGCUAAUUCGUAUGAAAAAUAAGUCAUAGAUAAAUUUAUGCUAACUCAUGACCGAGAUACAAAGUCAAUAUUUUGAUGUUUUAUGCUAAUUCAAAUCGAGCUAUAGUUAUGAGUGGUGAUAAUUCAUAUUUAUGAAAUAUUCACAAUUAUAGGCUUGUGUAUGAUUACGAGAUAUGCUUUAUAAGUUAUGAUUUAUGGUAAUUCCUAACUAUGAGCAGCGCAGCUAUACUUAGUAAUGAUUUGUGCUAAUUUAUUAAAUAUAAAAUAGAUAUGCUGAUUUGAGAUAUAAGUCAUAAUAUUAUGAAUUAUAACUGUGAAUUUAUUUUAUGUGCGUGUUGAAAAAUGUGCGAGGGGAAACGGGAGAGUUAAACGGUCACGUUUCCACAUAAAAGUUGUAGGAAAUUAAAAACACACAUGUCAAAAAUUCACAACGACACCUAUGUUCGACCCCGGCGUAAAAGGCCUAUUGGAGCCAAUCAUUUUGUAUAGUGUUUUGACCUAAAGUCUGUUCCAAGGCUUCAAGGACCCGCAUGGAACAGUUUGUGCAUGACUGAACCUUACAAAAUAGUUAAUAAAAGGCAUGAGACAAGUCUAUUGACUGGGUUUAUUUCUACGGUUAAAAAACAGAUGGCGUGAUUUUUAAGGCGAGGUAUAUGUGCGUAAUGGACUGCGCAAGGGACACGCUCGCUGUUCAUGCCUGCCCGAUGAGGGACAACUGUAUAAAUUAUAAUCCCUAAUGAGCCGCGUAUGCUAACUAGUUUGGCAUGAUGUAUGAGUACAUACCUUCGGCUUGACGCAUAGAUACAAGGCGAGGACGUACAUACAAGGCUAGUUUACUAUACUAGUGGUCACAUAGCAAGGUCUAUGUAAAGGGUUGAACUAUCGCCCUGUUCAUAUGAAGAUAGGUCAAUACAUCUGAAGGCAUCUGAAUUUCACCGGCAGAGAAAAUGUCCGAGACACGGGGAUUUCCACCGGUUACUCUUCCUCUGCAAGUGCCGUUGAACACGACGAAAGUACCCGUGGUGUACGCCUAUGAGUUCGCGUUUGAACGGAGAUUCGAUCAUGAGUGGGGUGUGGGCCUUUUCCAGCAGUACUGGUCAGUGGGUAUUCCCCUAUGCAGUCUCUAUGUUCUACUCAUACUUGUGGGGCAGAGAAUCAUGAGGGACCGGCCGGCUUACGAUCUCCGCCAGGCCCUGACGGCGUGGUCGGUCGGCCUGGCCAUCUUCAGCUGGAUCGGACUGCUCCGUGGUUGGGAAGAAAGCUACUACAUGGCUACUACCUACGGCCCUAAAUCUAUAGCGUGUGACUCGGUCGGCUUCAUCGGGGCCAGCGGUCUGUGGGCCUGGCUCUUCGCUGCGAGCAAACUGGUCGAGUUGGGCGAUACUGCGUUCAUCGUACUACGAAAGCAGAAGUUGAUCUUCCUUCAUUGGUAUCAUCAUAUCACUGUACUAUUGUACACCUGGUAUAGUUAUGGCUGCUACACCUCGACUGGGCGCUGUUUUCUGGUUAUGAACUACACCGUCCAUGCUUUCAUGUAUACCUACUAUGCCCUUAAAGCAUCCCGAUUGGUCAGGAUUCCUCGUAAAGUCAACGUGUGUAUAACCAUUUUGCAAAUCAUGCAAAUGUUUAUGGGGAUUAUCAUCAAUCUAUACGCUCAUCAGGUCCUAAAGAGCGGUGAGCCAUGCGAUGUCACCUGGAGAAAUCUAGAGGUAUCCUUCGUCAUGUAUCUUAGCUAUUUCAUGCUCUUCGCGAACUAUUUCUACAGGGCUUACUUCGCUAAGCAACAGGAGAAACUUGCUGACAAGUCGGACAUGCAACAGCCGAGAGGUCAACUCAACAAUGGAGAAAAGAAGACGAACUAAAAAGUUGUCCAACAACUUUUGACAACAAACUUUCUACAUCAUGAUUAUGAAUUUGUAAUUUACAUCAUGCAAUCUUAUUGUUGGUUUGCAGUUGACAAAUUUUAAAUUUUAUAUUGGUUUUUAAAUUUAUAUUGGUCCAUUAAUUUUAUUUCUCCUUUAUGUUGGUGGCGUUCUGACAGAGAUGAAUGUAAUUUCACAAAGGAUUCCAUUCAUUUUUGUACCACCAUCAUCAGACAAUCAAGGCUGAAAUACUAUUGAUUUAUAGUUGUAACCUUCUGGUGUCAGAAUGGGUACAGACUGGGUACAUUCUUACAUACCACUUUUGCAGUUUGAAUUAAUUGUCACAAAUUUUAUGUUUGGUUUAUCUACAGUAAGAUAUAUUAUUUAACACGACCAGUUCUCGUUCAAUUUUGUAACCUGUGUACCCGUAGGUGCCAGACGACUGUGCAUAUCCAGUCUCGCGCAUUUUAAUGAUUACCAGGGACCUUGGAUCCCAACUCAUACAAAAGGAUUGAUGCGCACUUUGAACAGGGCGAAAUUGCGCGAGUUCUGCGCAGUCUCCUAUCCUUGUCUGGAGCCCCUUUUGGUCCAAGAUGCGAUUGGUCAAACUCCUAACAAGAACAAGCACCAGACUAUGUUUUGUUGGCGGUUUGGUUGAAUGAAUUAUAGCAUUUAUGACAUUGAAAGAUAAUGCACGAGUAAUAUUUUUCAAUUUGACCUCGGUCUCUAUAAAUUUGCUUUUCCUUCCGGCUUAACUUGUACAAGUCGUUCGCCCCCGAUAAGCCCCUUAGUCAGAAUCACGAGUUUAUUUCAAUCCAAAUUUAUAUGUGCAAUUACUUAGUAAACACAAUACUGUUUAAAAAUAAUUAAAAUAACAUUUUAUCAAAAUGUGAUGAUUUUUUUUUUGCGAAUAGGCCUGUUUUCGUAUCAGGGUUCCCAGAUUAUUAUUACAGUGAAAUUCCAUGUUUUCCACAAGGACAAAAUCAGGGUGUUUUCCAUUACAAAUUCUUAUGCUGUUUUGUACAGAAAUCUAUCGUUGUUUUAGAAUUUGUAGCAACCGGUCAGCGCCACAAAUACAUCGCAAACAUUGGUUGUAGAGAUUAAACUUCAGUUAACAAUGUUCUGUUUUGUGUAUGUAAAGAUCUGGUGUGUAAAAUAAGUGAACUAGCAACAAGUACAAGUUGAAGUCCUAUAAGGCACCUCCUGGAACCCAUACAGGAAAACCACUAAGGCCAAAACAUGUCAAACAGGAACAUGCUUUUCAAUGUUCCAAAUUAUUGGAUAGCAGUAUUAGUCGGCCAUUUUGAGGUGUGCCGGGUUUUAUUUAGUCUGUUACGUGUAUAGGCCUCCACAGCUCUUUGAUGAGGCACUGUGUGGAAAUCCCUUUGUUUUGACCACUUUGGUAAAAAAUCUUGUUCCGCAACACUGCAAAUAACACUGUAUGGACGUGUGCAAGUCUUUUGUUUUCAGAUCCACACGGUGUUGCAGUGGCUGAGUGGAUAUUCUUUUGUUUUGAACACUUUCUACACACCUUUUAUUCCUCAAUUCUGUAAAUAACACUGUGUGGACGUGUGUAAGCACACACAGUGUUUAAGUCACUACAUUAUGUGGUUUUUGUUCUAAGGUCCACACUUCAAACACCCAAACCCAAAAUACAUCUACUAUAGUGUCAACCAUGUCUCAAAGAGGCUUAUGCCAACUUCUUGACCUUCCACCAAAACAAAAAUCCAUGAACAUCUUAGAUUAUAUUGUUAAAUUCAAGGAAUAGCUAUAAACGGCGGGAACCCUGUACUAUGGUCUGUUCAGCGAAGCGGCACAGUGUGUGCAGUGGGGCUUGACCGACUACAGUAAUUAAUAGUAGGUGUUAUUGUUUUCAAUAUUGAUAUCAGUUUUUGGUAUUGUUAAAAUUGUUUACAAGUGUGACACAAUUAUUAUGCAAUAGAUGUUUUUCUUCCUAUAAAUAUAUAUAUCUGUAGUAUAAAAUAUGUAGGCUAUGCCUCUAAUGAGAUGCAUACAUAGCAUUUCUUUCAGUCGUUUUGAUCAGUGGUGAACUAUGGUACAAAUCGAGCACUUUUUGAAUUAAACCUUUGAUUUUAAGUGGUAGAUUGGGAUACCGACAUUUUCUUUCUUUGACUAAAAAUGAUUGUAUUUUUCAGGUAAUUUGUAUAAAUCGAUAGAUGCAUGAAUAGGUGUAUGAGAAUUGACAGAAAUGUAAAGAGUAAAUUAUAUUUUUAGUAUUCCUAGUAGAAUUUUCCUCGAGCUUAAACGUUCGUUCUGACCUCGGUAUUGUUUAUACGUUGUUUCGUACUUGUCAAUAAAGUUGUUCAUGUCAAGAACAAUCGAUACAUUAGAAUAAUCAAUAGAUUGGUCACGAAAAUCAGAACAAAAUAGUCGAUGUAUAAGCCAAUCACAUUGACUGAAACUUGCGAAUGUGUACCACAUCAUUAUGCAUCAUUAUGCAUCAUAACUGUUUUGUUCGAUUUAAAAUAAAAGAUUAUUGUAUAGAAAUUGUUUUGUACCUCUAAGUAUUUUCUUGGCUGAUUAUCAAUAAAAAUUAAUAUUUUGGUAAAAAUUGUUAUGCUGUUUACAACAUGACUAUCAAUACACAAAUAUUUGAAGGUGUUGUUGCCUAAAGUGACAUUAUUUAUGUUUUGCUAGGUUUAGACCACAUUAGAUCUAGUUUUAGAUCACAUGAUAGAAACUGCACUGGACUGGAGUAAAUUCUACUUUUAAAUAAAUAAAUAAAUAAAUUAACAACUUUUACCCAAACAAAAGGUGUCAUGUUUGAGAAUUUAAUUUACCAGGCGGACGUGACAAUAU